GGAAAUUUUUCAUGUAAGACGCGUCUCAAAAUCUCGAGUUUUUUUAGUCUCGAAGGUUCAAACUUCAUAAGCACAGGAAACCUGCAUCAAUAUUUACUCCUUCGAGCUCUCCAGGCGAGAAAUGUGUGCAAUUGUACAGAGUAUUAAGGGCGUUUUGAGUUGCAGAGGAAGGUCUCGACUGCAUGGCAUAUGUGUUUGAAAGGGUUAACUAAUGAGUGUUUUUCACUGAAUAACAUUCGUUUAUAAUACUUUUACAAUCCAUUUCUUCAAGUCUCUUCCCUUUCCCAAAGCACUCAGUCAACUAAAUCAAUGAUGGGAUUCUUCACAAAGACACAUGCAGUAAAGAAAAGUGUAUCUUCAAUCAAUUCAGGUGAUGCUGAUUUAACAAGUCUUGAUCCACCAAUGUUGGAUAUUCCUAUGUUACAUGGAAACCAACCACGUCGUGGUUCUUUUGCUUCUCAAUUAAGCCAGAUGAAAAUAAUAACUGAACAAAAUAGUGCUAGGUUUCAAACAAAUGCUCAGAAGUUCACAUCGCCAACUGAUAGUGAAUUUUCAGUAAAAAAUAUGACUUUAGUUAGUAAUGGAUUGAAAGGUGAACAAGAACGUAAUAUGAUACUGGAGCAACAAGUUAGAAUGUUAUCACACCAAGCAGCCAUGGCUUUAGAUAGAUUAUCAGAUGCUAACAAGGAAAAUCAACAGUUGAAAGAUGAGAAUGAAACUUUGAAAAAGAGAGCAAGUCAUCAUAGGUUCUCAUUUGGUCGUCGUCAAUCAUCAUAUUCAUCAACUUCUUCAACUUCUUCCGCCACUAAUCAAUCAAUGUUCAGCAAUAAUAAAGCAGUUAACUAUAGAUCUAAAAACAGCUCUAUAUCAUCUAUCCAGACAAAUAUUGAUCAAUUGAAAUCAACAAAUGAUUCAUUCUUUUCAGAAAUACAUCAAAAUUAUGGGAAAGAAAUAAACACAAUGAGAACUGAACUUUUAUCAACACAACAAGAAUUAGAACAGAGCAAGAUUGAAAUAUCUCAAUUGAAACAACAAAUUCAAGAACUAUUAUCUAAAAUAUCUCAAUUACAAAAGGAAAACAAAUCAUUACUGUCGAAAUUAUCAUUCAAGAAACAAAAACAAGAUGUUGAAAAACAAUUUCUCACUACUCAAAUAGAUCUUUUGAGUACCCAAUUGGCCUUGAAAACAGACCGUGCUGUGCUAUUGGCAAGCAGAAUCAACUCUUAUUCCAAUACAGACCAAAUUCCAGUUAUGACCUCCUUGGUAAAUGAAAACAGAUCCCACAGAAGGCAAAGAUGGACUCUGGGGCUAAUAAUGCUGGCAGUCGUGGUAUUAUCAUGGGUGCUGUCUUCAUUCUUGAUUAGUGAUAUAUUUGAAAAUGACUUAUACAGAAAACCAUUCUUUAUCACUUAUAUAAACACAGCAACUUUUAUCUUCUAUCUUAUACCCUAUUUGAAAAAAGUUAUAAAAGGUUACAUUGAGAAUGGAAGCUUGAAAUAUAAAGAGAUUGAAGAAGAUUUCUUGGAUUCAUCAGAUGAAGAAUUGGCAUUGAAUGCAGAAUCUGAAUAUAAUGCAAAAUUAUCAUUAAGUGAAACUAUAAAGCUAAGUGCCCAAUUUUGUGUUGUUUGGUAUUUAGCUAAUUUAGCUACAAAUGCUAGUUUAAGCUAUACAAGUGUUGGAAGUCAAACGAUACUAUCUUCAACUUCAUCUUUCUUUACAUUAUUGAUUGGUGCCCUAGCUAAAACUGAAUCUUUUAGUAAUGUUAAAAUUUUUGGGUUAGUUUUGUCAUUUAUUGGUGUCAUUGUGAUUACAAAAUCAGAUAGUGAUACAGUCUCAAGUGAUAUUGAACGUACUCCAUUAAGUAUAUUCAUUGGGAACUCAUUAGCUCUAGCUGGUGCUUUACUUUAUGGUGUUUAUGCUACAUUAUUGAAAUAUAGAAUCAGAGAUGAAUCAAGAAUAAAUAUGAAGGUGUUUUUCGGGUUUGUUGGUGUUUUCAAUUUAUUCUUUUUAUGGCCUUCAUUAAUCAUUUUCCAUUAUACAGGUGUGGAGAAAUUUGAAUUACCAAGUGGUACUUUUGUUAUAAGUAUCAUUUUGAUCAAUUGUUUAAUCACAUUCAUUUCAGAUUUUUGUUGGGUCAAAGCUAUGCUACUCACAUCUCCAUUAAUUGUCACUGUUGGUUUAUCAACAACAAUUCCAUUUGCUAUGAUUGGUGAUAUCAUCUUCAAAGGUGAAAAAAUCACUGUAUUAUAUGUCAUUGCAGCAUCCAUGAUUUGCAUUUCAUUCUUUGUCAUCAAUAAAGAUGCUGAGAAUGAUAAACACAUUGAAUAGAAUAUACCCAUUGUUUUUCUAUUUGCAUUUUCUUCUUUUUUGUCACGUCUUCAUCAUGUCAUUUUGUUUCACAUAUAUGUAUAUUAGUUUUAUUAUUACGGGUUCAUUGAGUUUAUGUUUAUCUUCAACAGGUUAUACAAAGGUUAAUACAAUACAUUUUAUACAAGUUUACUUUUUUUUGCUAAUUAUUCUAUCAAUCACGUAGUCAUGUCCAUUUCUAUUUUGCAUUCUAUACAUUUCAUAACCAAUUGGUAACUUGGUAAGGAUAUCCAGGAUCUUUAACCAAAAAUAUUUUGGUUAGAUAGUUGAAUAUAUAGAGGA